AUGGGCACGAUUUUUAGCAACGUUCGCACACACGAAGAGGUUCCUCCUGAAGUGAAGGAUAAAGUAGAACCAAUAACAUAUGUACCCGCUCCGGAAAGUGCUCGGCCCAGGGAUGGCCGCUUCUGCUCGUCGUGUGAAGAACCAUUCUGUUUUUACUUCACUCCCAGCACUAAUUGUGAUUGGUGCGGUCGCCAAUUUUGUACUCAUUGUUGUCCCGAGCGGUACCUGCUGAGGGGAAACCCUUGUUGUCCGGAUUGUACGAAAAGAGCGUAUACCAUUAAGCGUUCUCAGCUGCUCAAAGAGCACUUGUCGAUGAUGUCGAGCACUCGGUCCGCAGAGGUCCAUGUUGCCAAUUAG